UAUAUAAUGAUCCGAGAUGAAUACUAUCCUCUUCAGCUAAUUAAGAUGGCUGAAUCUCUGAAAGAUUACGAGGAGGAUUUUGAAAAUCCUGAAAAGAAGCCCAGAAGGAACAAGUACGCUUUCGCAUGUGCUAUUUUGGCUUCAAUGACUUCCAUCCUACUAGGUUACGAUAUUGGAGUGAUGAGCGGAGCAGCACUGUACAUACAAAGAGAUCUCAAGGUAUCGGACGUGCAAAUCGAAAUCCUGAACGGUAUCAUAAACCUCUACUCUCCCGUCGGUUCUUUCAUCGCCGGCAGAACCUCCGACUGGAUAGGUCGCCGUUACACCAUCGUCCUCGCCGGCGCCAUCUUCUUCGUCGGAGCCAUCCUCAUGGGAUUCUCCCCCAACUAUGCCUUUCUCAUGUUUGGCCGCUUCUUCGCCGGCGUCGGCAUCGGCUUCGCCUUCCUCAUCGCCCCCGUCUACACCUCCGAAAUCUCCCCCAGCUCCUCUCGCGGCUUCCUCACUUCCUUGCCUGAGGUAUUUCUGAACGGAGGGAUUUUAAUAGGAUACAUUUCAAACUACGGAUUUUCGAAGCUGGCACUGCGGUUGGGUUGGCGGCUGAUGCUGGGAGUGGGAGCCAUUCCUUCAAUUUUGAUUGGCGUGGCAGUGUUAGCCAUGCCGGAGUCGCCAAGGUGGCUGGUGGCAAAAGGUCGAUUAGGCGAAGCCAAAAGAGUUCUCUACAAAAUCUCCGAGUCGGAGGAAGAGGCUCGGCUCAGACUAGCCGAUAUCAAAGACACGGCUGGGAUCCCUCAAGACUGCGACGACGACGUCGUUUUGGUGUCGAAGCAAACCCACGGCCACGGCGUCUGGAGAGAGCUUUUCCUUCACCCCACUCCCGCGGUUCGCCACAUCUUCAUCGCGUCGCUUGGGAUUCACUUCUUCGCGCAAGCCACGGGCAUAGACGCCGUCGUUUUGUACAGCCCAAGAAUCUUCGAGAAGGCCGGGAUCAAAUCCGAUAACUACCGUCUCCUCGCCACGGUUGCGGUUGGGUUCGUCAAGACCGUUUCCAUUUUGGUCGCCACUUUUUUCUUGGACCGGGCCGGGCGGCGCGUGUUGCUGCUUUGCAGCGUUAGUGGGCUCAUACUCUCGCUUUUGACUCUGGGCCUGAGUCUCACUGUGGUGGACCAUUCGCAGACCACGCUGAAUUGGGCCGUUGGGCUCAGCAUCGCUGCGGUGUUGUCCUACGUGGCAACUUUCUCUAUCGGGUCUGGGCCCAUCACGUGGGUUUAUAGCUCCGAGAUAUUCCCGUUGAGGCUGCGGGCUCAGGGCGUGGCAAUUGGGGCAGCGGUUAAUAGGGUCACCAGUGGGGUCAUUGCGAUGACUUUUUUGUCCCUCCAGAACGCUAUUACCAUUGGGGGUGCUUUCUUUCUUUUCGCUGGUGUCGCUGCUGUUGCGUGGAUUUUUCACUACACGCUGCUCCCUGAAACACGUGGGAAGACUCUCGAGGAAAUUGAAAAGUCUUUCGGUAAUUUCUGCAGGAAACCCAAAGCGGAAGAAGGACUUGACGAUAACGUUGAAAUCCAAUUAAAGACCCGUGACCAAACUUUGACAAGCGUCGAUUAGAAUAAGGGUGAUUAUAUUGAAUAAAGGUAUCCAUUUUUUUUCUCCUAGGUAAAGUUGUCAGAUAAUCGUAGUUUCCACUCUAAACUGUAUUUACCUCUCUGAAUGACGUUGUGGGAUUUGGGAUUAUACGGUAGUAAUAAUAUUUACAACUUUUACUCGCGUUGCAA